GUCAAGUUGUCUCCAUUCUGUGUCGUAAUUUGCUCUGCUGUUCUCGUUAUUUAGGGCUUUGCUCCUUCAGUGUUUAGGAAUCUUAUGUUUUUAGUGUAAUUACUUUCUCAUAUAAUGUACCGAACACUAAUAUUAAGUAUCUUAUUGUGCUUCGUCACAUUCCAUGUAGGAAUUACUAAUUCUUUGGAAAACAAAGUUGACCAGAAACCUGAAGUUGUACCACUUGCAGACGAAAAACCAGAACCUACUCGGCAUCCAUCAACAGAAAAACCCUCAUCAACACCAGAUCCUACAACCGUCCCACCUACAAACGCCACGACUACACCAGCUCCCCCAACUACACCAACCACUACCAAACCUCCCAAACCGACAGAUCCUACAACUCCCACCACUACUGUUCCCUCUUCCACAACCACCAACUCAUCCACAACCACAAGCAAUCCAACCACCCCGACUACUUCUCCUACCACGCCUACUCCAUCACCUACCACCAAUGGUACCAGCACUGUGUCUCCAUCUACAACAAGUGCCCCUCUACCGCCGCCAUCUGACAGGAAGUUUGAUGCGUUCAGUUUUCUUGGUGGAUUUGCCUUGGGUCUCGGCCUGGUAGCUAUCGGUUUCCUGUCUUGGAAGUUUUACCUUUCCAGGCAGGAGAACUACUACCACACCUUGUAAAAGUCGACUCCGCUUCGUGAAUUGAAUCACUCUCACCAUGCCAUUAUUUUAUGAAUUUUAAGAUGGGGACCUUUUUGUCAAAUUUGUUCUAAUUUCUUUUACUUUUCUUUUUUUAUUUUUAUUUCUCAUUUCGCAAUUUAUUUUAAUGAAAUUUAUUUAAAGCAAAUAUGGCAUGUUAAACAAGAAAUUGUUUUGUUGAACAACUUCUUUCUUCAGAGCCCCUUGAAUGUUAAAAAUUUGUUUCUCAAAAAGAAUUACUUGUUAGCAUUUUAAUUUUUUUUUUUUUUUUAAUGUUUGUCUGCUAUGAUAAUGUAUUAAAGUGUUGAUUUAUCUAGCACUCGUCCAUCAAAUUUUUGUAUUUGUAUAAUUACAUAAUAGUAUAUUAAAGAGGUGCCUGUUACUGCGAUAAGGUAUCUGUGAUAAAAACGAGAUCUAAAGGAGAGAAAACUUUAGAUGUAGUAAGGACUGAUUGAGGAGGGAGGCUGUUUUGUUUUGUAUUUUUAUUUUAAAAUUGUUAACCCAUAGCGCAAGCAUCGCAUGUUACUAACAUUUAGCUUGUCAAUUGUAUUCGAAAAUGUUACUAGGUUAUAAUCAAAAUUAAUUUUUUUUUUUUUAAUAAAAAAAUAUUUCUGGCACCUCCGUUGCAUCUUUUGCCUGCACCUAGAUCGUUUAGACAGCCAUAUUUUUUAUUUUUUCAAAUUGCUUUUAUUCGAGUGAAAUUAUUUAGUAGAAUUUAAAGUAAUUAUAAUGUUUAAAUCCCUAUUUUAUUUCACUUAGUAAUUGUAUAUAGUUAGACAUUCUAUUAUUUAGUUUAAUGUGGGUAUGAUUGGUGGUAUUUGAUUUUUGUUGUCAAGACAUUGCAUAAUUGAAAAUUGUACUUCUACUUAAUAUUACAAUAUAUUUGUGUCAUAAUUUUAUGAAUUGACGAUAUUAUUACUUGAAUCUAUUUCAUAUACUAUUUUUAAUAAAUAUGUUAUCUUGUAAUCAUCCAUUUUAUUUUGUAACUAUUAUUUGAAAUAAACAUUUUGAUUGUUAGUAACAG